GGAAACAUUCUCUCCCCCGUCUCGGGCGGGAUGCAGUGGCCGACAGAUCGGCUCCCCACCGCAGCUCCAGCCGCCGUGCGUCCGGGACCCCCGGGGGGGAGCGCACCGCCGCUGCCGUCCCAUGGGAGGCUCGGGUCGCAGGGCUGCUGGGGCAAGCGCUCUGCCUGGGGCAAGACUGCCGGGCUGACGGAGCUAAGAGAGAAGCCCUCGCUCUUUUGGUUCCUUUCCAAGCAUUUUUAAGAGAGGAAGGAUGUAAUAACAUGCCACGGGCAAUAAAUCAUAGCCUAGCUACUCCCCCUGGCUCCCCUCCCCCAGCCCGGCGGUCCCGGCCCCUCUAUAGAGGGAGGGGAGGAGGGGACUCCCGCAGAGCGCCGCAGCCACCGGGACGAGCAGUCCUUCGCCUGCCCCGCGCCCCGCCAGCCGCCCCAGCAUGGACCUCCGAGCCCUGGCUCUGCUUGCUUUCGCCCUGGCGAUCAUCUCCCUCUCGGAGGAGAAACCCGUCAGCCUGACUUACCGAUGCCCCUGUCGAUUCUACGAGAGCAACGUGGCAAGAGCCAACAUCAAGCACCUCAAAAUCCUCUCCACGCCCAACUGCUCACUUCAGAUUGUUGCAAGGCUCAAGAGCAACAGCAAGCAAGUGUGCAUUGAUCCCAAAUUAAAGUGGAUCCAGGAAUAUCUGGAGAAAGCUUUAAACAAACCACGUCAGCGCACUCAUAAAAAAAAGCAACAGAAGAAACGGGGCCCACUCUGCCCUUCCCGUGCAACACCACUAAAGUCUCCAGGGAGAAAGAAUGGAGGUUCAAGAUGUAAGAGGCAAGCAUUGUAAGCCGUCUCCAAGAUUUCUUACUGUAGGACCCAGAAAGCAGAUAACCAGUAUUAGGGAACGAACACAUUUCACUGUUAUCAUGCAGCACAAAGCAACGCUUCAUGCAUUUCCAAAGGGUGUUCAUGUUUGGGGUUUGGGUUUUUGGUUUGGUUUUUGGUGGGUUGGUGAUUUUCUUUGCACAAAUUGGCUUGCUUUCACAGUGCUAAUUUUUACAUAGUAAGAUGUAACUAUUCAAGAAAAAUAUGUUUCUAUACAGGUUGGUUUAUUACUUAGCACUGAGGGCAGAUAUGAGUUUAAACUAACCUCACUUUGUCAUAUAAUAUUUUGUUUUCUUUGCUAUGUAGAAGUCCUGCAUUAUUUAACUUUAUGUUGGUUCAUGCAAGUCUCCUGGAGUUUUAAACCUAGAAGUACAUGAACUGUACAGUGCAAUGUUGUUGUAGUGGAGGAAUUCCUUGCCUGCAGAAGUCUUUGAGACUAAGAACAUAGGAAGGCUAAGAAGCAUCAGAUAUUGACAAAAGUGGACAGCAUUACAACGGGUGGCAUUUAUAGGUAUUUUGGGUGAGAGUUUAAAGUGACAGCUACAUGGCUAAAGCCCUUCUCUGAAGAUCAGAAACCUUGGUGACACUUGCUUGUAUUUGUUUGGUUCUAUAGUAGUUGUGCUUGUUAGAAGCCACGACACUGAUCUGAUGUUACUUGGCGUUUCCUAUGCUUCUGUGGUUUUGGUGACAAAUUUUAGCACAAAAAGAAAUGGGUUGUUGGAGGUCUAACCACACGAUCAUGCUGCAAGUUGCUUGGAGGUGCCAUGCACCAGGUGUCUCUUCCCACCCAUCUGCAGGAGUUGGCUUCAGCUCACCUGGCUAGCGUCACACUGAAGGAGGCAAGAUGCAUUCACAAGGCCCUUUGCAACCAUGUUGUAGCCUCAGCUACUGAACAAACGCAUGUUAUCUGAGGGCAGUCACACCUUUGAUUGCUCCAGAGACUUAGAAGAGGAUGUCUGACCAUAUCUUUGGAGAAAAGAGAUGCCUGGAGCAAGAGAGGGUCUAUUCAGUUUGUGGAAGGAGUGGUGUUUCUUGAAUGUGGGUAUGAAGGCUGAUGCUCAGUGUUUACCAGUGGUCAUGGCCCUGUUUGCUGGUGAGCCUUUGACAUUUUCAUUGUAAAAUACUCAUGGGGACAGGUGCCACUUCUUGCACUGAUCCUCUCUCUCAGCCAGAAUUAUCUUUCUCCCAAUUCCUGUCUGUGCAUGCAAUAUUUUUGCUAUAUCGUUUGUGGAAAGAUAUCUGCAGUAUUGGGGUAAUCCACUGAGAUCCAGGGGGAAGCACAACUGUGCAGCACAAUGCCCGUGUUUGUAUGUGUCUAUGAGUGUGUACUGUAAAUGAAAAAUUGUAGUGAGAUUGUAUUCUUGUUAGAGCAGGUUGCUUCAAAAGAAAAUUUCCCACUUUCCUGCAGCCUGUGUUGGGAACAUUGAGAGAGGUGUUUCAUUAAGCACUCCUUUUUUGCAGCAGGCACCUUUAGUGCCAAAGAGGCACUUUGGCUAGCCAGGGACUACCUUGUUUUCAUGUGGAUUCAGGUAAAAAACCAUUUUCUUCUCUGUGAAGUAGUUCUGUUAUAGAGGGUGUUUUAGCUAGGACCACAUCACCUCACUUCCUUUAAAGUAACUGCUGUGCCUAAAAUAUGUAUGUGUGAUUUUGACAUUCCUUCUAUUGUUACCAUUACCAACCUGGUGCUUUAUGUAUAUUGUGUCUCUGUUUUGAAAAGUUUGGUGCCACUGUAAUUGAUGAGAAUUGGAGUGUUAUCUUCAUGUGAGUAGGAUCAGAUCCUCUGUUUUAAGGGUAAAGACAGAAAGAAAUCAGGAUUCCUUCUGUCUUUCCUGGACUGUACCUUAUAUAUAGGGUCCAUUUCCUGUUUCCACACAAGCACCUGCAAUUGCUAGUGGUUUGCCAAGGACAUGAGUGGAAAAGCCAGGAAUUACUUUGGGGAAAGUGCUGAGGAAUCUUGGUUCCAACAGACAAAGCUCAUUCAUCUCACACAGGCUUCCCAUCAAAGCACAGCUGGAGGUCUGAUCAAUUCCCAGUGGAGUAAAUGGAACAUUAAAUAAUCCUUGGAUUUUGAUUCAAUAGCAUCCUUUGCUAAUGAGGAGAUUUAGUUUCUAGGGCAAAUGCUGGCUUUCCAGAGAAAAGAUGGAGGGAGUAAAUGUGACUGUACAGCCUUGCAAUAACCUGCUCCACUCCUUGCUACAGGCAGUGCAUUUGGCAUCAGCACCAGUAGGGAACAGUCUUUGGGCACUUGCUAAUCUCCUGUUAGAGCUUGGGCAAGCAGACUGCUUUGUCAGAAGCAUUGAGAUGGGGCAGUGCUGGAGCACCGUGGUGAAACCCAGGGUGCCUGGCCUUGGGACUGUGUAUCUGGGAAGUGGAGGUACUGCAGGAAAUGGGGUCACCUGUCAGCUUUCACUUCUGAGGACAAACUAGGGAAGUGUUGCAGGAGAAGACUGUGUUGAAGGAAGGGCAUUUACCCCUGGGAGAAAUACAGGAGUAGCAGCAGGGAAGAAAGGGACUCGCCGCAAGGCUAGGGAAUACUCACAGCUAGGUGAUGGUUGGUUGGGUGCCUUAUGAACUGUCUUCCUCUGGCAUUUCUUGAGUCUCACACUGUGACCUGGACCCUGAAACUUGUGCUGGUGACAAGUCACUACUCAUAUAGCUGAGACCACUCAUAGAGUGUGCAACUGCUCUUGUGGGCCAGCACCAUGUCCUUCUCUUGCGAGGUUGAGCAAAGGGUGGCAGAGACCUGGCCAGGAGUAACUGGAGACUGAGGUGAGAACUCAGUAAAAGCUUUAUCUUGCUUUAGACCAAAAUUGAACUCUUGCUUUAGACCAAAAUUCAACCUUGAGCUGGAAGCUUUGCUCUCUGCCUGACAUUAUUUACAUGAUGCAUCAGGAAGAGUAGCCUUGCCCUUUGCACUACAGAAAUCAAUCACUCAGUCACCCAAGGCUCCCUGUGCUAUCCUGUGCAUCACACGCUGUUCAAGAGCACUUGAUUUUUCUUUCUGCCUUUAACUGUUGACCAAAGACUGAAUCAGGGAAAGGAAGCAUGGAGAGUUAGGAGCGAGGUAGGAACUACAUGUGGAGGGGAAAGAGGUAACUGAACUGGUGGUGGAAAAGCAGCUUCUGUAAAUGAGAAAUCAUCCUGUGUGGUAUUUUCAAAGUGCAGCUGUCAAAUCCUAAGGUUGGAUUAUUAUUAUUAUUUUUUUAAAGAAUCAAUGGUAUUUAUUGCUGUGCCAAUUUGUUAUUUAUACUAGCUUUAUACUUGUAUGUAUGAAUAUCUUAUCUGAAUUCUGUCUGAGGAAGGAUGAAGGGUGACUUUCUGACGUGUUUUAACUAAGGUGUUUGAUUAUAGCUGUUCGUUUUGCAAUGAAAGCUACAUGCAAAGUUAAAAACACACAUUCCAUUGAAAAUGCAUCUCCUAUAGAAGUUUUUAUUGUUGUUUUCCCUUUGUUAGCAUCUAGAGGGUCAUUCUUUUCUCUGGCAAUUUAUUUUGAGUUUCACCAUGUAAAAUCUGAUUUUCGUACUCUUUGCUAACAUCCCACCAAGAAAAGCCUUGUCUGCAAACAUAAAACUGAUGGCCACAGAGAAGAAAACAUCUUAUCAUGAUGAAUAGGCUGCAUGAACCUCCCAUCUUCCAUUCCUUAAGAACUCAGUGUUGUCAGAAUGUGGUAAAAUACUGUACUUUAUAUUUUUAUUCAACAAAAAGAUAUCUUCCCAAAUAAUGUGAAAAGGAUUUUGCAUUUGUAUUCCUGUAAGGCAGCUUUUAUGAAGGAGUUACAUUAUGCUUUUGAAACUACUCCUUUGAUAGAAUAUUUUGAAAAUGGACACUUUCAUAUUGUUGUAAUUUCUCUCUUAAAUACAUAUGCAUUAAAACGUUUCUUAAUAAAAAAUGGCUAUCUAAAUUAAAA